UGGGGGGAAGUCUUGCUCUAGAGUGAGCCUUCCCCCCUGGGCUUAUGAAGAUGCAUUUUCCAUAACCGGUAUAAGAAGUCGGUCAUUUGCGGUUACGGAAAUAGCCGAGUAGUUACGAUUGCUACCUUAUGUUACAUCGGGCGUUACAAUCUCUACCCAGAGUUAUCGUUCCUUACACUCACUUACACUUGUAAGUGAGAGCAAGGAGCGACAACUCUGGGUAGAGAUUGCGGGCGUUAAACACAUCUGAUGACGUAACAAUGGAAUAAGCCAUCGUCAUUGUGUCGUCACAAUAGCCAAUCAUUUGUGUUGUUAGCUACAUGCUAAUCAGCAAACAUCAUGGGCAUCUUUCAGAGUUGUCUCGCUAGAAACAACAAGAUAGGAGUCAUGAAAGAGGAAAUGGAGGUCUACGAAAAAGUACGCAGUGAAAUGGUCACGGAGGAUAUAGUAGAAAAGAAAGGCGGAGUGGCCUUUGGUCUUACUUUCAUUGCUGAGGAUACACCAAAAAUGCCACCGCCCCGAAUCACUGACGAUAAGAAGGAGGAAUUUGAGAAAUGGAGAGAGACUCAGGAGAAAACACAAGCCCUGAAACAGGAUAGGGCACAUCAGAACAGGGAGGAAGCCCUUACUAAGAGGAAGAUCGAAGUCGCUCACAAAGAAAUGGAGCGACUAGAAAAAUACCUCAAUAUUGGAGCUGAAGAAUUCUGAUAUGGACUCCUGAAAAUUUAUUUUGGAUUGAUUUAUUUUUUAAUUAGUAAAUCUGAACAUUUUGUUUGAAAUCAAAGAGGGGACAUCCCAGCUCUUUAUUUGCAGUCCAUCUUAUGUUUGGCUAUUAAUAGAUUUCUUUUUUCUCGUCGGUACCCAUAUAUUUUUUAUCGGAAAUUUCCAGGAUGUCCGUCUCAGUGGUGCAUCUUAUGAUAAAACUGCUGGUCAAAAAUUCUCUGCAAAAUAUUCAAUAAUACAUGACCAGAAGAAUAAUACAUCAAUUACGAGAUGUCUGAGAGCUAUGUUGUCCUCUCCCUUAUCUAAUUAUUAUUUUAUUGAUAUAAACUGAUUUAAUAAAUAUACUUUGAAUGUAUAUCUAAUUAUUAUUUUAUUGAUAUAAACUGAUUUAAUCAAUAUACUUUGAAUGUAUAUCUAA